AUGGAUGCCUCAAAUAAAACAAGUCAGCCGUGGGAAGAAGAGGCUUCGAGGGGAAUCCAGAUUGCAGUCACCCUGGUCAUAUUUCUGGUGGGCAUACCUCUCAAUGGACUGGUGGUUUGGGCACUUGGACGGCGACGUUCUCGUCACCUGGUUCGCAGGGGAAGUACCGAGGAGACGCAUGCUGCCAGCAGUUUUCGAGUCUACGUCUUGAACCUGGCCCUGGCUGACCUGAUCCUGCUCAUGCGGACCCCCCUCAUGGUUGGCUACCUCAUCCAUAAGUACAGCUGGCCGUUUGGGGAGAUCUUCUGUAGACUGAUCAUGUUCCUUCGAGGCCUGGGGCUGUAUGCCUCGGCUUUCCUUUUAUGUGCUGUGGCCGUGGAGCGCUGCUUGUGCCUGCUGAGACCCGUGUGGGCUCGACUGCGACGACCCCACUGGGCUGUUCCUCUGACCUGUGGCCUCUUAUGGCUGGCGGCCUUAAUCUUCUCAGCCCCGUACAUCCACUUUGCUGUUCUGGAGGAAAAGAAUGGGACACUACAGUGCUAUCUGAGUGGGAAAUUCAAUAUGGGUUUGUUUGUUACAGAAACGAUAGCAGGUUUCAUGUUGCCCCUUCUGGUGUUUCUUGGGAGUAACCUGGCUGUUUUGGUCACCAUUAAAAAAGUUCUGCCUCCAACACCAACCUCUACAAACCUAUCGAUGGCGCGGAAGAUGGCUAGGGUGUACCACGUGCUCUUUGUCACCAUGCUCCUCUUCCUCACCUGCUGGGUGCCCUAUUUUGUUUGUCGGUUUCUGUUGGCCCUGACACCCGAAGGGUCUCAUUUGCACAUUUUAUACAAAUAUGCCAAAUACAUUUCUCUGUUCCUGGUGUACGUUAAAAGCGCUCUCAAUCCUGUGCUGUACGUGUUUGCUGCCAGAGGCCUGGGCCACGCCAUCAAAGCUUCCCUCGUCUCAACAAUCGAACGACUUUUUAACGAAGACUCCUUUGAGUCCGUACGGAGAAAGUCCGCGAAGAACUCGCAGCUCUAGCCAAAAAGCUCACCAGUGUUUUUGACUUUGUUGGUUUGAGUUAAUUGUAUUAUAAAUGCGAGUC